CUUGCUUCCAGUCUCUUCGAUUCAUAGUUAUUUUUGUCUUAUAUCACUUAAGGUUCCCAGUGACUUUUUUUUGUUACUGUUUCACUAACCGUUUGGAAGUUUUGAUUUCAUGCUGUAGUUAUAAGAGAUAGUCAUUGGAUUUAUUGUUGGGUGCCAUUACUUUCUGUUUUACUUUGUUCAACUACCUUCAUAUACAAAAUAAAGUUGUUUGACGAAUGGUUGAGGUUCUCAUGAUAACCACGGUUAGUGGAUGGCAACGGUGGGUGAAAUAGUUUAGAGUCACUCACAAUGACGCAGUCACAUUCACUCUUUAUCUUCCUUUAUGUCUUGAGUUGUAAUAUUCUUUUAUGCAUACCUUUUCAGUCUGUCUUCUCAGACCAUAUCUUCUCAGUACUUGAUCUUUCUCGUUAUCAUCGAUAAUACGAUUAUUUCGAUUUCUUUAAUAUUCAUUUUGUUAAUUUCAUCUUGUUGUGCUGAUGUGGUAUGGCAGCCUGGGCUAAUGCACGCUUGUUGUAGGCUCUGUGUUAAUUGUGAUUGACUGGUAAGUGAGCUGACAUCUAUUUUAGACAUAUUGUUUUUAUAACUUUGGAUAGACAGUAGUCUUGACUUACUAUUCGGUUUCAGGUAGAAAUUCUGUUCCUUUUUACUAAAAUUAAGACAGUCGGGUAGUGGGACUUAUAACCCAAACAUGAGCUUUGAUGUUGCCUACUAGAUUACACCAUUUUUUUCAUUUACUUAUUUCCAGUCAGUCAUACGCAACGUGGAAGCUGACACAUGUGUAUAUCGGUUAAAGUUCCCAUACCUUCUUAACACUGCGAGAUGAAAUGGUCAAAACAAACACCGAGAGUAGUGGAGGUAGUGAUAGAAAAGAUUAUGUACCGAAGAUACAACUUAAGAAAAUGUAAAUUAGUGAAAUAAUUAAAAAUUUAUGAGCAAUCUAGAAACUUAUGAUCUGAGGGUAGACAAAGAGUGAAUGGAUCUGGGUCAUUGCGAACGAUUUUAAGUCAUGUCACCCAAAGUUUUUAACUAAUGCUUGCGAUAAUCAUUUGAACUAAAACUAGGUAGUUUAUACCUGUUAAAGUGGGUCAGUCCAAUUGUCAAUGACUUCAUGGACUGAUGCCGUAUCUUGGUUUUGCUGUCUCUGAUAUUCUUUCAGCCCAUUUUCACUCGUUCCACCAUUGAUCAUCGGGUGAGAUGUGUUUGAGCAUACAAAAUUUAUGUUUCUACCAUCACAGUCGAUAUUUACUACCUUGGUUGUCGAUUUUCCAUACAUACUUUGUAUUCUAUGUUUAACGUCAGAAUUGCCAACUUGAUGAUCCAUAAAUAUACGUGAAAUAUUUCAAACAUACGCAUAAUCAAGCACUGGUAAUUUAAGAAUAUCCUCUCUUUAAAGUUUCCUACAUAUUUCUUAUUUUGUGAAGCUUGAAUUUUUUGGCAAAUUGUUUGCAGUCACAUUGAAGGUCGGUAACAUUUUAUUGUCAACGUUCUUGUUGUAAGGUAGCUUUAGUCAUAGUUUUUAUUUUUUUUAUUUGUAGUUCCAAUGAUUCGUUUGGCGGAUAAAAUACGUCAAAGACAAAGUGGCAUCACCUCUACAGAACCAGAUGCUGUUCAAUCGGCUUCCGUUCGAAAUGCUACUAUCCGUGAUCGUCUUGUGUUACAGGAACUGCAAGAGUUAAGGGCUAAUAUAUCCUCCCAAUGUUCAAUUCAUCAUCCCGAUCCAAACAAACUCCAUGAAUUCACAUUAAUAGUAAGACCAAAUGAAGGAAUUUGGGCUGAUGGAAGUUAUCAUUUCAAUAUUGUUGUUCCCGAAGGUUAUAAUCAUACUCCACCACUAGUCAAUUGUACUACACAAAUUUGGCAUCCGAAUAUCGAUGAAGCUGGACGUGUUUGUUUGAGUUUACUUCGUCAGAGUUCACUAGAUUUCUCUGGUUGGGCACCGACAAGACGUUUGCUUGAUGUUGUUUGGGGAAUCGAAUCUCUUUUUUCGGAUUUAUGCGAUUUCAACGAUGCACUGAAUACAACAGCUGCUGAACAAUACUUACGUGAUCCUGAGGCAUUUCAUGAUACUGCACGGAGCUAUGUCUUUCGUUUCGCACGAUAAUCAGUAUAUUUCCCCAUUCGACUUUGUGUAUUUUCAAUGCGUAGAAAAAGCCCUGCACAAAUCCAACAUGUUAUUGUCCAG